CGCUCCAAAAUUGUUUUUUAGAAGCCGGUUUUCUCUAGGUUUAACUAAGUAUACUAUAGGCUGUACCAUCGCCGAUUGCCUGCACAGGCAAGCAAAGAUCUACACUUGUUUUCCUCACUAAAGGUUCAAGAUAUUUCUAGUUUAGUAACAGGUUUUUGUAGUAUGUUUAUUAAGAGUUUCUUUACUGAAGAUUGUUCUAUGGAACAUAAAGGGAACCCAAUUAUAUCUAAACGAUUCAGUGAAAGAGACACAUUCAGAGAAUGCUGAUCAUUUAACAUCCUGCACUACUUGACUCAGGUUGGGCAGAGUACAUUUGCCUUGUCUGUCCGUACAGAUUUCUACAACGUCUUCCUUUUUGGGUUGAUUUGUGCCUUUUAAGUAGCAGCCAUGGUUGGAUUUAAACCCACUGACGUUGCUCCCACUGCUGCAGUGAAGUUUGUGGGGGCUGGGACAGCAGCGUGUAUAGCGGAUCUAGUCACCUUUCCUUUGGAUACAGCUAAAGUGCGGCUACAGAUCCAAGGAGAGUCUAGCUCGGGAAAGGGUAUGAAGCCUGCUGUUUACAGAGGGGUGUUUGGUACUAUCAGCACCAUGGUGAAGACGGAAGGCCCAAGGAGUCUCUACAACGGUUUGGUCGCUGGUCUCCAGCGUCAGAUGAGCUUUGCAUCUGUUCGUAUUGGGCUGUAUGACUCUGUAAAGCAGUUCUACACAAAAGGAGCAGAACAUGCUGGCAUUGGAAGUCGCUUGCUUGCUGGUUGCACUACUGGAGCCAUGGCUGUUGCUAUUGCUCAACCCACAGAUGUGGUGAAAGUUCGAUUCCAGGCUCAGGCCAAUGUUGCAGAUGGCAGCAAGAGGUAUAAAGGCACCAUGGAGGCCUAUAAAACAAUCGCCAAGCAGGAGGGAGCCCGUGGGCUAUGGAAAGGAACAACACCAAAUAUUGCUCGGAAUGCCAUUGUGAACUGCACAGAACUUGUGACCUACGACUUAAUAAAGGACACUUUGUUGAAAUCUAACCUCAUGACAGAUAAUUUGCCAUGCCACUUCACAUCUGCCUUCAGUGCAGGGUUUUGCACAACUAUAAUUGCAUCUCCUGUUGAUGUCGUGAAGACAAGGUACAUGAACUCUGCCCCUGGCCAGUACAGUUCAGCCAUAAACUGUGCAGUUACGAUGUUGACAAAGGAAGGACCACUUGCGUUCUACAAGGGGUUUAUGCCUUCAUUUCUGCGGUUGGGUUCUUGGAAUGUAGUGAUGUUUGUUACUUAUGAGCAGCUGAAACGAGCUAUGAUGAGUGCCCGUGGAUCUUGGGAAUCUCCUUUGUAAACAUGCUUAUCAGCACUGAUUUCUGGCUGUGGAAUCAACACUGCAACACUUUUAUACCUCUGUAGAUGUUUAUAGAGUUAAUUUUUUUUUGUUUUAUUUUUCACUGUAAUUUGUGACCAACUGCAUCUCCCAAAACCUGUAAUAGCUUUUACCCUAGCAGUACUUUAUUUUCUAGUUCUGAAUUUCUUAUUGUAAAAGGUUGGUGGUAUGAUCACUUUCCUUUGUAUGCUUGUGGCACUUUUGUUAUGGACCGUUUCAUCCACUCAGACCAUGUUUGGGACUUUUUCAGAAUUUCAAAGAAAAAAAAAAACUUGAAAUAACAUAGCUCAGGUGUAGUCUUAAGAUUUCUCUGUAUUUCUUUGUUUUCCUGUGCAUUUUUUAAAUAAAUAUUGCAACAUAUAUAACA